CCCUCUUCCUGCUGGAUUGACGCUGACGGUUUGUCUGAAGUGGAAUUUUCCCAGGCAUCCUGAACGCACCGCGCCUCAGGUGUUGCAGGUGACUUACUCCCUGAUCACCCAGCGGGCUGCCGCUCCUUCAAGAAGAAUUUGAUCUGCCUCACUUCGGUUGGUCACCUUGGUGAUGAAUUUCGGUCCGUUUUCGGCUUUUUGUCUCCUGGUUCACACAGUGUGUGCUUCCUCUGUGCGUGGCGACCCUCAGACGGUGGUGGCGGUUGCGGGCGACGUCACGCUCCUGCCCUGUCGCUUCAGUGUGUCAGAGAGCGACCUUCCCGGGGUGGAGUGGUCCAGAGAGGACCUGGACCGGUACGUGGUCCUGCUCUACCAGGACGGCCGCGAGAACCAUGAGAUGAAGAACCAGAGCUACGAGCACCGGACCAGCCUCCUGCACAGGGAGCUGAAGAUGGGCGUGGUGUCACUGAGGCUGUCCGACGUACGUUCCUCCGACGCCGGAACGUACCACUGCAAGCAGCUGACGAAGAACCGCAAGCCAGAUGUCGUCGCCGUCGUCCAUCUGGUCGUAGUGGUUUCCUCGGAGGUGCUGCUCUCUCUGGUCCCGGCCGACCACGGCGGUGGUGUUGCUGUGAAAUGUGACACCGGCUGCUGGAUGCCUGAGCCCAGCGUGACCUUCCUAGACGAACAUGGCCGCCCAAUCCCCGCCGGGGAACCGAAAAUUCAGCAGAACUCCUCCGGAUGUCUUCGCAAACACCUGUUACUGACCCUGCAGAGCACCACCAGCAGCAUCACCUGCAGAGUUCACGAGCCGCAGUUCAACCUCACCAGAGAGGCACAGAUCUCCAUACCGGAGGUCUGUCUGGGGUCGAACACAUGGAUCGUGCUACAAACUGUCUUCUUCACCAGUGUAACCUGUUUCACCUUCUUCGUGGUCGGCAUACUGCUGUGGAAGUGCUGUUGCCCAUCUGCAUCAAAGAAAAUGUUGAGAAAUCAGGAGUCAAAUGGAAGUAGCUCCUCUGAUAGAUGGACCCUUCUGAGUGUGAAAACCCAACGCCAACACAGAAAAUCAACACAUUCCACCUCACCAGCUCCUUCAGCUCACUGUACAGCCCAAACAUCAGGCGACGCGUCCCCAGAACAUGCCUCCAGAACAUCAUGUCCAGAGGGAGAACAACUCAUCAACCAGCAACCAGAAGCUUCAGCUGAGAGUUCUUCCCUGAUCUCCAGUAAUUCUCCAAAAAGAAGGUCUGGGAAAGCAGGCCUCCAGAGGCAAAACAGUGUUUCAGUUCCUGGCAAUAGGAGCCAGCCAAGUCCAAAAGCAGCAUCUGCAGUUCCCGGAGAGUGUCCAAGUUCUAGCAACUUACCUCAAGACAAACCUUCAAAACAGAGACGUUGCAGCAAUCCGGUGCCGAGUUGUUCUGCUCCAAUAAGACCUUGGAUAGUCAGCAACCCAGGGUUCAAGUCUUUGUCCAAGUCACUUCCACCCAGGUCAUCUUCUUUCAGCAGUGUGUCGUGUGGCGUCCACCAGUCGUUGAGCGGUCGAUCCAUAGAUUCCAGUUUGAACUGGAAAUCAUCAACGCUCACAGUGCAUAACCGCUACGGUCCUCUCGCUGACCUACCUGAAUUGCUCAGGAUGCAGUUUGCUUCGUCCUGCUUCAUGCUGAUCCUCCUGACUCCGCCCCCUGCAGCGGCCUGCCUCCAGGUGAGCCCGGACAGGUCUCAGUUCUUCAGGUAUGAAUCCGUGUCCCUCAGCUGCUCCGACCAGCUCAACUCCACCGGCUGGAAGGUGAGGCGGAGGACGCCAGAAGGCGGAGUCAAGUCCUGCUCCGCCGGCUGGGGCUCCGCCUCCUCGGGCUCCACCUGCGUCAUCGGAAACUCGUACCCGUCCGACAGCGGCGAGUACUGGUGCGAGUUACCGAACGGCAGGCACAGCAACAGAGUCAACAUCACCAUCACAGAUCGAACCGUGGUCCUGGAGAUCCCCACCCAGCCGGUCUCUGAAGGGGCCACGGUGGCUCUGCGCUGUACAGCUGAGAAUUCCUCCUCCGGCCACGUCUUCAGCUUCUACAAAGAUGGCCGCUCCAUCGGGAACAGCUCCACCGGCGAGGUCAGCCUCCGCAGCGCUUCAAAAACCGAUGAGGGACUCUACAAGUGCAGCGUGUCGGGGGGCGACGAGUCGAUGGACAGCUGGCUGGCAGUUGAAGCUUCAGUGGAACCAGCUGAUCCAGCUCAGCCCGUGACUUCCAGCUCAGUGUCUGUCUCCCAGAUCCUGUGUCACCUGGUGGUGGGAGUGCCCUACCUGAUGUCCACCGUCUUACUCGUGCUCGUAUGCAGAGACAGGAACAGAGAGACUCAGACUGCCACCAAGAGGACAAGCGGCCAUGGUGUCAACAUGGACGUCGUCGUGUGACCAUGAAUGAAGAAUUUCACAUCUAAUUGUUACAUUUAGUUUGUAUUUAAUGUGGAGCUAGUCUAUAAUUUAGUGCCGAUUAGAGCAGGCACUUUGGCUGAAGAUACUACUUUAGACAAUAUUUCAGUCUGUUCCAUGUUUUUUCCCCUCACCACCUUCUCAGCUAAAUAAGGUAAUCGGCUGUGAUGCCACAUGCAAAUUGGCAAAACGUGCUACUUUAAUAAAUAUGAGCCUUAACUUAAACCUGCUGCUUUGCUAAAUGAGCUAAUCGGCUCAUUGAUUAUCAAAACAUGCUACUUGUUAUUUGUGUGCUUAACGGCUCACGUGCAAUUUCUUAUUUAAUCAAUCAAGACAGAAUUUAUUGAAAUGUAUUUCAGGAAAAAGUUAGCGCAGGUGCAAGAGGAGAACCUCCUUAAGUACAAGUCACACAAUGUAAUGUGAUUAGUA